CAUCUCCUGCUCCAGCUUAAGGUCAACAUUCCCCUCCGGAUAUGAGCCAAUGAAAUUGUGUCUUGGCUGGAACUUCAACCAAUCAGGGAGUCCUGGUUGCAGCUGUCACUCACAGGUGAGGAAUGAGAGUGAGAGAGUGAGAGUGCAAAGACUGCAUCCAAUGCCAGGGAUCCAGCUGCACAGGACUCUGUAUUAGGGGCAGGAGGAAAGGAGCCUGGACUGAGGAAGGGCAUUGGAACCGCUCUAAAAAAGGAAGAAGAGGACAAACUAUUACAGAAACACACAAGUUCUGGAGAAAUAGGAACUGCUGAGAAAUUACUCUCUAUAAGGAAACUACAGGGGACUUUUUCUUUCUAGGAGAGCAGCAAAGGACUGGCCCUUUAUAGGACUAUAGCAGCAAGAUCAGUCACCCUAGCAUUCAGCCUCACCUGGCAUUACAGUGUGCCCCCUGCCAUUUACCCCAGACUCUGCACAUAAAGGAGGUACUCUGGACAGCUUCAUGCAUGGGAGGCUCUGACAUUUCGCAGAUGAGUGCUGUGGUAAGCCUCUCCUCUUUUGCUGGAGAGCUGUGGUGGCUCAGUCAUUAUUAAGGAGAUUCGUGGCUAGCGCUUCCAGGGAUCUCCUCUUGUUUUCUGGAGAAAUCUGGAUUAACUCUUAACAAGCAGAUGUCUUCCAGUGUACCCUGCUCAGGAUCCCCCCUCCAGUGAGCGCUGUCUGCGGAUAGAUUUGAGUUCUUUGCAGUGCUGAAGUAGGAUCCAUAAAGUUCCAGACUGAUUGAUUCUUAGCAGAUGGCUCUCCGAGGUUCCAGCAGCUUAACCCCCUUCUCCAUCCAGGCCAUCCUGAACAAGAAGGAGGAUAGAGUUGGGUCCUACCCCAGGAUGGGGCGCCUUCUCCCAGCCAGCAGCCCCACCACUCCCUCCUGCUGCUGGAGGCUUUUUGGGGAAGUAGACACCGAGGGACUGGCAUCUUCAUGUGGAGGGCCACAAGGGGUGGGAGUCGGAGGUGAGCCGGCUGGAUGGGACUCAGACUCAGCUCUCAGUGAGGAGGGGGAACCGGGGAGACCGGCAGACUCUGGCCUGGCUGAUGGGGUGGAGGGCAGGAAGAAACAGAGGCCGCUGGAGGUUAGACCCAAGGAGGAAGAAGAGGAGGAGACCCCGGGCUGCAGUGACUGCGAAAUGACGGCCAGCGUCUCAGACCCCAGCCCCCCAGAUGGAGACCCGAAGUGUGAGCAGCUCCUGCUGGAAGCUCCCAAGCAGAGGAAGAAGCGCUCCCGCGCUGCCUUCUCCCAUGCCCAGGUCUUCGAGCUGGAGCGACGCUUCAACCACCAGCGUUACCUGUCCGGGCCGGAGCGGGCCGACCUGGCCGCCUCCCUCAAGCUCACCGAGACUCAGGUCAAGAUCUGGUUCCAAAACCGGCGCUACAAGACCAAGCGCAGGCAGAUGGCGGCCGACCUGCUGGCCACUGCCCCGGCAGCAAAGAAGGUGGCAGUCAAAGUCCUGGUGAGGGAUGACCAGAGACAGUACCAGCCUGGGGAGGUGCUGAGGCCAUCACUGAUGCCCCUUCAGCCCCCUUAUUACUACCCCUAUUACUGCGCCUUGCCUGGGUGGACGCUCUCUGCAGCAGCCGCUGCAGCAGCUGCAGCCGCCUGUACUGGGGGGACCCCCUAACCCAGUUUUUAGGGGGAGAAGAGGUGCCACCCCUAAACUCAGAAGACUAUAUAUUAUAAAAGAAGGUGACUGCUACCCCUGCCAACACUUUGACCCAAUCACAGAUCUUUUAAAAAAACAUUAGACAAUCUCAUUUGAAAAUAGGACUAAACUGUUCCAGGCAGCAGGCUGUGUUCAUGGUAUCCAUGUGUUGUCAAUAUGCUGUAUAUGUUUUUUUAUGUAUUAUGGUUACAUUUAUUUGAAUUGGUUACUCUGCUCAUUGACAAGUAGAGAGGUGAUUGCAGGGGAGAUCCUUCAAUGUGGACUUUUUGUACUGCCACAAGUGCCUACUAGGGGUUACCUGGACUAUGGAGAUAGCCAGACCCUUCCAAGACCAUGCAUGGUCCAGGUCAAUGUUUCAUCUUCUUCAUUGUUUAGUAAGUAAUGAAAAGAAUACAGGGAACAAUCCAAAAGGGAACAUGAGUUUAAGACUUUCUAGCACUUUCCUAGUAUAAUAUUGUACUUAUUUUAUGCAAUGUGAAUAUUUUCUCAUAUACAACAUGGGUUUCAAGGCAAUUCUGUACCCUUUCCAGAAAACUAACAGCAUCCCAUUCGAUGGACUGCUUAGUAUCACCUCCUACAGUAUAUAUAUAUAUAUAUUUUUAAUAAUCCAGAUCAUUCCUUUUGUAUGUUUUCUAUGAAGCAGGCACUGUGCACUCGACUAGAUUUAUUUACCGAAAGGAAUUGUGAAUAUUUUUAAGGUGUUGUACCUUUUUUUUUCUAAUUUAUAAAAUUACAAUUU